ACGAACAUAUGAUCUAGUUACUGCCAAGUUUUAUUGCAARGAUGUGUAAAGRACUAUAUAUGGUGAACUGGAUAUCGCUUUUGUGGCUUUUUACGGAAGCAGUGACCGCCAACCAUUGUUCUGGAAAUCAAAUCACCUGGAUCAAUAAGAAUAACAGUUUCGUUCGUUGCUCGCCGUGCCCCCCAUGUCCCCCCGGACAAGAAUUUUCGAUACCGUGUAAAACCAAAGUAUUAGAGGGAACUCCUGUUAGUUGUAAGAACUGUCCAAGGGGGAAGUACUCGACACUUUUCGACACCAAACCCUGUAUGCAUUGCAAGAUUUGCCAAAAACGCCACGUAAAAUCGAUGUGUACUUCGUAUAGAAAUGCAGAGUGCGGGGAAUGUCUGCCCGGAUACUACAAGAGUGAUGUAGUGUUUGUCUGUGUUGAAUGUGACAAGUGCUGUUAUGAUGACAAAGAUGUUGCACCUCCAGGAUGUCAAAAGGUUGGAAAGUGUAAACCUAGAUUACAUGGAUGUCCUUCUAGAUCUACGAAUGCAAUAGUCCAGGUGAAAACAGAGGAAGACGUCGUCCCCACAGCAUUCACAAACACGACAAAAAGGAUUAUGAAAGAGACAUCCCAUGCAUGUCCAACUCCCCCAUUUGCUCAUGAUAACACAGCACCAUCGAACAGGGCUGAGCAAACGGUGCAGGGGAUUCCGGACAAUAUCCAAUACAUAAUAGUGAUAGGCUGCCUGAGCGUAGCCUGCUUUGGUUUUAUAUGCGCGUUUACAUAUCUAAUAUACUACAAAGAAAAGCAAACUUACUCCUCAAUCCCAGCACUUAAAAAACGUACACUUGAGGAAUAUAAAUCUAAUCAUCCCCCAAAUGGUAAGAUCGAUGUAAUAACCCUUUGAUAAUGCUGAGAUCUGUUUUGCUCUAAUAASCAUGCAACAAUUUGUGAUGAUUCAUAUUUUAUUUUGGUCUAUACAAGCUUCCAUAUUAUGUUGUGCUGUAAUUGURUUUGAUGCAAAUUUUUUUUWAUAUAUUUUCAUUUUUUUAUAUUUUUUUUUUGUAAUUUGUUUCAAAAGUUUUUGUUCUAACAGCUAUUCUCAGUAAAAAGCUGAGUUUGGMUUGCGUCUGGGAUUCAAUUCCAUUUGUUUGUCAGAUUUUGAAUUCAAAUUCCAUGCAGGAAAUUGCGGGAMCAAAAAGGUUCCAUGCAAUCGUCAAAUUGACAAUUUUGUCAUUUCUGAAAGAGUUGAGUGCACUUAUUAUAUUCCUGAAUGAACUCUAACAGUCUUCCAAGAAUAGCUCUAGAGAUAAUCUACUUGUCACUAGUAGAAAUAAUUAUUAAAAAUUGGAUUUAUUGUGAUCAUAUCACAAUAUCUAGAUAGAUAUACGGUAAGGCUCUCUCUAUAAAACAUUGAUUGUAAAUUUAUCUACAGCUAUAGUAUAAUGCUUGAUAAAUGCUGAUCAAAUACGUUAAUUGAUAGUUUGAUAUAUUAAUAUUAAUCUAAUAAUAACUAAUAAUAUAAUAACUAUAAUACAGCAAAUGAUUACCAUUAAAAAGUUAUUUCAGAUGAAAAUAUAUCUUUUCACCUAGAAAAAUAUUCUAUAAAAUCUAGAAAUCCUAUCUACAUUUGGUUUGCUACUUGUAGCAAAGACGUUUCCCCGACAAACAAUUCGGUCUUUUCUUUCGCGUUGCACCAUGGGCUGCGAUCYGUCAGAUUUAUCUCACUAUUUUGAAAUUCACUGUACGACAAGUCAAUUACAUUAAAAAAUUCAGAAAAGUUAUAAAAACGACGCCAAAUUGUUUGUUAGGAAAUGUUUUACUUACAAGAAGGCAAUGGAAGCUUGUGAUUCUACAAAAACGGAUUAAAAAACAAAUUUAAAAAGUGUUCAGGGGUAGAUCCAAGAUUAGAUAUUAUUCAUGGAGAGGUACUUUAGGAGAGCCGGGUGCACACCAUAAAAUGGUCCAAAAGCCAACAAAAAUAAWUUAGGUAAAGUGUAUCAAAGAGGACAAUGUCACUCUCAAGAGGAMGUUGUAUCUCACCAACUARAUGGAUCCGCCCUGUUGUUUUUUGUUACACCCCCCAUAGAUAUUCUGGUUCAAGCGACAGGGCACAUUUGAAGAAAAGGCUUAUCAAGAUCACGAAUAUAUCAUCAUUURCACUGGAGCCUCGUCAGUCUUCAUUGAUUGAUUUAUSUCUCAUCGCUUCUGAACUAGAUUAUCAAAAGAGGGCUAUCAAACAGUAUAUAUACAGUCAAUAGUAUCAACUUGCAGUUUAAUAUUGCUACAGUCAAGAUAAUUCAUAAAUUGUUAUGAAUUUUUCCUUGGUCAUAAAAAUAAGGCAAAAACGUGAAGGUUUUGGUAAAAACAAAAUCUUAAAAACUGUACUUUGUUUUAGCAAAAAUUCAAAUUGUUGGUGAUGUUUGUUUCACAAUAUUGACAACACAAGUUGAUACCAAGAAAARCUAAGAGAGCCUUACGAACUGAAAACAAUGAUGAAAGUCAUGUCUUAUGACCCGUUWCCCUGUCCGUAGCUUUUAUUAGUUCUUCCACAACGAAACUGAGUUGAAUUGAAGAAAGUAUACCGAGAGAUACUUGCACGAGGGAACGCGAUGUUUUUUUAUGGCAAAUGACGAGAAAAGAAAGGUUGAAAAAAGACGAUUUCCUUUGGAAAUAGUUAUUGUGAAAUAAACCUUAAGAAGGAUAGGGAAGCGGGAYUUAAGACAUGAUUUGCAUCAAAAGUUUCAAUACAAGUGAACAUGCACUGACUAUAGACUAUUUGGAUCCCACCCCGAUCCCGUUUUUAUUGUUUGUCAGCCCACUCAAGGCGACCAGUCUAUAUCUCUCUACUCGAUCAUCUCGUUAAUGCUCUGAUAGCUCCUUAUAUUGAUGAAAUACGAAAAUGUGAAAAAAGUGAAGGCGGUUAUUUCUAACAAAUGCGCAUGCGCACCUACAGACUGCUAUCGUCCAAACAUUUUUAUCGUAAAAUAAAGAUAACAUUAUUGAAUGAGUAAGA